UUAUUCUCUACCCCUUUGUGCAUGUAUAUUGGAAUUACAACACAAAUAGUUACAAAAUGGGGAACAGUAGUCCAUCCUCCUUCUGUUGGUGCAUCUGGCCAGUGCCUGCAGAACUGUGGGCUAGGAUACUACCUGCAGGGAAAUAUCUUGUGCACUGCAUGUGAUUCCAACUGUUUAGACUGCUCCCUUGCACCUAGCAAAUGUGAACAAUGUAAACCAACAACAUUCUUAAAGAGUGAUACACAUACCUGUACUAUUGAUUGUGGGAUUGGAAUGUUUGGUAAUGUCAAGACAGGAACAUGUGACAGGUGCGAUCUGUCGCAGUGCAGGACCUGCGCCGAUGGUCCUCUCAACAACAACUGCACCUCAUGUCCAGACACCAAAGUCUUAAAGGGAUCGACUUGUGUGAGUACUUGUGGACCAGAUAUGUUCCGUCUUAAUUCAACGUGUGUGAGUGAAUGUGGACCUAGUUUAUAUGAGAAUAGGGCGACCUUUACAUGCGACCAAUGUGCAGACGAGUGCCUUACCUGUGAGUUCAACCAGCAGGACAGUCUACAAUGCAGUUUGUGUAAACCACCCAAGGUUUAUCAAAAUGCAAAUUGCAUCGACCAGUGCGACAGCAAUUCUUUUGCCAAGAUGGUCAAUGAUACCGACAUCCAGAGUACCAAUAUGAUCCGUCUAGCCGGUGGUAAGAACCAGUUGGAGGGACGAGUUGAGGUUCUUCAUGACGGCCUGUGGGGAACCGUUUGCAGUGAUUACUUUGAAAUGACAACCGCUAACGUGGCCUGCACUGAGCUUGGAUUAGGACGUGCUGUGGGAAUUAUCGCGCUUUCUGAAGAUUACAUCCAGCCUGGCGUUGGCAACAUAUGGCUUGACGAUGUGAUCUGUGCAAGCGGAACUGAGCAACGAUUAAGUGAUUGCUUCCAUAGGGAUUGGGGUCUUAACAACUGUAACCACGGAAAAGAUGUUGCUAUCCGAUGCUCUGGUCCGGGUGUCAGAACAUGCAUCGAUACUUGCCCUGUUGGUUUCUAUGGUAACGUCACCACACGUGAAUGCAUAGAGUGUCAUGACCAUUGUGACGUGUGUUCCGGGACGGCCAACAGCUACGUGUGUGGGCAGUGUGCUCCUGGGUACUUGCUGAAGGGGAGUGAGUGCGUGAGUGAUUGCGGCCAUGGCUUCCAUACUACUAGUGGUACAUGUGAAGAAUGUGACUCAUCCUGUGCCACAUGCAAGGACAAUCCUACUACAUGUACCAGUUGUGUUGAGCCACUUUAUUUGCAAGGAGAAUCUUGCAUAGCAACUUGUGAUGGGUACAGACUAGUCCAAUCACAGAAGGUGCGUUUAGUGGGAGGUGUUUCCCCCACUGAGGGACGAGUUGAAGUCUUCUAUCAAGGUUCUUUUGGAACAAUUUGUGAUGACAAUUGGGAUUUGAGGGAUGGCGACGUGAUUUGUGCUGAACUAGGUCUUGGACGUGCUGUUCAGGUUUACCCUCAAGCAAGCUAUGGAGAAGGUGUGGGCAGUAUCCACAUGGAUGAAGUUGGAUGCUUGGGAAACGAGACUACAAUAUUCAACUGUCCUCAUGCUGGCUGGAUGUCUUCCGAUUGUCGUCAUCACGAAGAUGCUGGUGUUCGAUGCUCAGGGCCCGACAUUUCCAGGGUAUGCAUAAGUCGUGAGGAGUGCUCUCAGGGCUACUUUAUCAACACCACUGCCAGCACAUGCGGUAAAUGCUCGCAUAAAUGUGCAGAUUGUGAGGGUAAUCCUGAUCGUUGUACAGUGUGUGAUGCUGGUCUGUUUAUAACACCAGAAUAUGAAUGUGUUCCGCUGUGUCCAGAAGGUUUCUAUGGUGAUACUGACUCGAGAUGCAAGCCAUGCAGCUCUGAAUGCAAAGACUGUGUUGACAAAGCAACCAAGUGUAUACAGUGCAGGGAAUCUUUUUAUCUCAGUGAACUAAACACUUGCUUAUCAAAUUGUGGGUCAGGAUACAUCAAACGUGGCAAUGAGAACGUCCGAUUGGUGGGUGGAUCUACACCCCUUCAGGGUAGGGUUGAGGUUCGACAUAAUGGUGUUUGGGGCACAAUCUGCGACGAUUCCUGGGACAUGGAUGAUGCAAAUGUAGUAUGCCGUCAACUUUCGUUUGGUCAGGCCUCCGGGGCCUAUCGUGCUGCUUUCUAUGGAUCCGGGGUUGGACCAAUCCUCCUGGAUGAUGUCAAUUGUCAAGGGACAGAGCGAGAUGUGUUGUCAUGUAAGCACCAUGCUGAAGGAGUGGGAGUCCAUGACUGUGAGCAUAGUGAAGAUGCUGGAGUUCAGUGUACAGGCCCAGAUACCUCACAGAAAUGUGUUUCUGACUGUGGAAUAGGAUAUUUUCCUGACAUGAACAAUGUAUGUCAACAUUGCAGCGGUACCUGUGAAUCAUGCGCAGAUGUUUCUGACACCUGUACUUCUUGUGCCUCUCCAUACUACCUCGUUAGUAGUUCAUGUGUUGUACUGUGCCCAGAAGGUCAUUAUGGUGACACAAAUCAAAGGCUUUGUAAACCCUGUAAUGAACGUUGCACUGCUUGUUUCAAUGCUGAUAAUAAUGCUGUCUGCAAAGCUUGCAAGCCAGGCUAUAAAUUGGAAGGCUCCUCAUGUGUAGAAAAUUGUCAAAAUGGUGACACUUUAGAAUCAUUCCUACCUGAAAGAGCAACCCCAAGCAAGGUUCGGCUGGUUGGGGGUGCUACCUCCCUGUCAGGGCGAGUGGAGGUGUUUCGUAACAACGUGUGGGGAACAGUUUGCCAAAAAACUUGGGAUUCAAUCAAUGCUGAGGUUGUCUGUCAAGAACUAGGCCUCGGACGGGCAGACAGCUUUAGACCAGACUUCCAAAUGCCAUCUGAGAAUACAGAUGUGGUAAUGAGUGAUGUCCAGUGUCAAGGAUUUGAGAAGUCCAUUGCCCAUUGUCCACACAGUGAUGCAAAUGGAUGUAUUGGGACUCGUGAAAGUAUAUUAGCAAUAAAGUGUGAUGGUACACGCUAUGUACAGCCUCAGCAGAAUAUCUGCCGUAAAUCCAACAACAUGGCUUGCCACCCUACCACCUGCUUCCAAGGUGUAGAAUGUGUCAAUACCACACAGUCCUCAUCAGUUUGUGGUCCUUGUCCAGAGGGCGCUGUAGGUGAUGGUGUUAAUUGCAAAGCUGUGGGAACAAGUCUUCCUCAGUUUGAAAUUUUGCCAUCCGACAGGAAUGUAUCACAUGGAUUUGGAGUAACCCUACUCUGCCAGUCAUCCGGCAAUCCUGCCCCCAUCAUCACUACCGCCAGUUGGCUACAUAAUGGCAACCCGAUCUAUGAGGCUGAUAUACGUUCAGGUCGUAUUAGUGUCCGCUCUCUAGGUUCGCUUUACUUCAAGCGCACACAUUGGCAGGAUACUGGAAACUACACGUGCGUCCUGGAAAACACAUUUGGAACGGCUCGUGCGAGUGCUUAUCUCAUGGUAAAAGAGAAACCUAGUAUAGUUGAUGUGAAGCAUUCACAGACAUUGAUAGGUGAAACGGCAAUGUUGGGCUGCUUAGCCGCUGGCAUUCCUCAGGCCAACUUCACCUGGCAGUUCAACGGCAAGCCUCUGAUUGAUGAUCGCUACCAACACUUUGAUUCGAAUGGAACGCUGUUUAUCAACAAUAUUCAGGAGGAUGACUCCGGAGAGUAUCGUUGUAUCGCAGAGAAUGAGAAAGGGAUUGAUGCUGCUAGUGUGGAACUAUCCGUCUUGAAACCUCCAACAAUGAAUGCCAUCCCAGAUAAUGUAAGUGUUGAAAUUGGCAGUGAAACUCUGAUAAACUGCUCAGCAGUAGGCUCACCAAAUCCAACGAUCUACUGGAAGAAAGAUGGUCAAGACAUACCAUAUGGCAGGUUUGAAGUCCUCCUCAAUGGAAGUUUAGUGGCGAGGAAUAUUGAGCGGUCAGACAUGGGCGAGUACACAUGUAUUGCAGUUAAUCCAGUAGAAGUGAUUAUUGAAUCUGCACAACUGUUAGUUAUAGGUCCUCCAUUCAUCACUAAAGCACCAACAAAUGGUUCUUAUGUAAGUGGGGCCAGGGUGAGCCUAGAUUGCCAAGCUAUAGGGUCUGGGAAGCUACAAUACACCUGGUACAAGAAUAACCUAAUAAUAAGAGGAAGUGAUCGUUUUGUUGUUGCCAACAAUGUGUUAACCAUAGAACCAGCAUAUCCUAGUGAUUCUGGCAAGUUCACUUGUGAAGUUAAGAAUGAGAAAGGAGAGGUUUCAGCUGAUGCUUACAUUUCUGUAACAGGUCCAGAGAUGACACAUGAUACUCACUCAUCCUCACAGAUAAUUGUAGCUGCCAUUAUUUGUGUCAUCAUUGUUGUCAUCAUUGUUGUAAUUGCUGUAUUAUGCUUCAAGCGUCACCGUAAGUACAGAAAACCUUUCAACUACAAAAAGCAAGAAAGUCCAAAGAAGAGGAACAUUUUUAAUAGACGGAGUAGUAUGCAUUGGGAUCCGAUGAUUCCAGGUGUGUCAUUUGCCAACGGAACAGAAGAAGCUGUAAUAAAAAAUGACGACUCCACAGCAUUAGUGCCGGAAGAGGUUGUCAAUCAGGCCACUUAAGAUCUGAAUACAAUAUCUGUGCUGUUCUGCCUACCGCCACUAGAUUAUAAUAUAUUAAAUUAGAGAGCUUUCGCUAUCUCGUUCUGGAACCAGCCUCCGCGUGAAUUGCAAUUUUUUGUGUAUGAUGUUUCCCGUUUAGGCCUAGUUUAAAUCUAUCACAUACUUGUAACCUAAGAUUCAGCCGCUGGCUCCCUAGCAAUGAAAAGGGAAUCAGAAAUUGAAUUUAUUUGCUACAUUCUAUGGCUUCUUAUUGUAUUGUCUAUCAAUGAGUAUAAUAAUACCUUCAGAAUAUCAUCAUAGUUGAGAGUGCUGCAGAAUCAGUCAAAUUUGUGAACAGUAUGGACUCCAUACGGACACAAAAGAAAAAGAGGAAGACCUAACAAGAGAUGGAGUGAUCUUUUCCAGGAAGAGCUUGGUGCGAACUGGGCAAAUCUGGCAAAGAACAGAUCAGAAUGGAGUUUGAGGAGGCCAUCGGCCAGCAGUGGCCUGACAGGCUGAUGAUGAUGAUGAUGACAUUGUCCCAGGCUAGGUUACCAUGGGCUAAGCAUGUGCCAUGUCCAUAGCAACAGACUGCUGCCAACAAUUCUUGGGGAAUGUGAAAACAAGAUAGCGAAAGCUUAUUUUCUUAAACAAGUAUGGUCAUGUGGCUAUUAUUAUGAUUAUCAUCAUACACACAAGCGUAACCUUUGAUUAAACUUAACACUUGAGAGUGAAUAAUAUCUACCAACAUUUGUUACAGGAAAUGUGCUGAAUGCAGGACAUGGACACAAUUUAUACCGAAGCUUAUACUUUAUUAUUUAUUUAUUCAACAGUAUUUCACGAAGGGGCUCUUACAGUAAAGCUGACUCAAAAAGGCCCUCAUACAAAAGUAAACAUAAUUUAAUUUUAUUAAUUAUAAUUUGGCAACUAUUUUUAGUCUGUAUUGUUACUUUACGUUGAUAUAAAAAACUGUGGUCAGUUUUUAGAAACAGUAAUUUGUUUUUUUCUACUACCAAAGUAAUGUUGAUAGAGUGCAAUAAGGACAUUAAUUAAAAGCUAAGCAUUUUUUUUCCUUACUGUGUACCUAAUUAUUCAAUCAGGGUUGACAACAUGCUGUAAGGAUAUGGUAUGUUUUUGCCUCUUUGGAUUCUCUGCCAUUUGUUUUACAAGUACAGUAUUACCAUUUAGUGUGUGCUGAAUAUUUUAUGAAACCAUGUACCAUCUUAACCAUUCAUCAGUUUUGAUUUGUGUUCCAAUGGUGAAUAUAUACAAUGGUUUCCUAUCACUCUUUGGAACUUACUGCUACCUGUAAGCAUCACAAACCCCCUUCCCCCUUCCCCCAACAUGUUAUCCUAUUUGAAAUGGAAAAAGAAAUUUGUACUAGAGAGACUGUUGUGUAAAAUUUUAAUCAAUUUAUAUUUGUAUUCUAAAGGUAAAUGUAAUAGCUUCUAAUAUAUGUUAAUGGACUGCCACCUUUUGGAACAAACUGCCAACUUCGAUCUUUUCUCUCAUAUGGCUUCUGAUUUGACAGUAAAAUCUCAUCAUGAAAUGUCAGGAAUCUUGUAACCUACUCUUAUAGUAUUGGCAUCCAUCUUGUUCUGGGCAAUACUCAUUGUUAGAAAAUUAUUAUUGUAUUUUUUUUUUUUUAAACUUUUUUGUUUACAAAAUCGCUUUAAUUGGGUUAAUUGUUCACUGUGCCUUUGGUAAUGUAUUUUGAAUUGGCGCGUUAUAAAUUUUUGUAUAUUAUAUUAUUAUUAUUAUAUUCAUUAUUUUAUAUUUUCUUAUUUUAGAUAUCUGAAUACUGAUAACAGAGUAAAUAAUUUCACUGAAAUUUGAUUUAUGUUUUAUGAAAUAUCUAAUUAGAUUAUCCCAGAUAAAAUUAGCAAAUGUGAUGAUGAAUAUUUAUUGUUACAAUUAUUGUAGUAUUUUAUUCAUAUUACCAUACAUUAUAUUUUUUUGUAUUGUAAAUCAUUUGGUAAUUUUGCCUUGAUAUAGUAUAUAAGUCUACAUAGAUUAAUGAAAUGUUUAUCACAAAAGAAUAUUCACCAUUAUAAACAAUUGAGUUAUCUGUUAAGUUGGCUGAUAUUUUAAGAACUUUCCUGGUUAAAAAAAUGAGUUGUUUUUAUUCAUACAUCAUUGAGAAUUUAUAGCUUUUUUGUCCUUUUAAACAGGCAAUUCAAUGUUUUAAUUGUAGUUUUUUUUUUCUUCUUCAAAAUUGUAAUGUUGUAACUCAUGUUUUCUUAAGUUUGAUGUUUUUAAACAUCAAGUGGGCAAUGAAAAUCAGCAGAAAUAUCAAUAAUUUAUUUUUUUAAACAAAAUUAAAAUGCUUCCAAUGAACAAUGUUUGUGAUAUGUUAGUUAAAUUGAUUUUAAGAGGCGGCUUCCAGAGAACAAUGUUUGUGAUACAUUAAAUUGAUUGGUUGUUAAUUAAUGUACCGUAUCACACAAUGCAAUGCAAAGGUCGUAUCAAUGCAGGCAAGAUUUCAAACAGGGUAUAAAUAUGACACAUUCAAUGCAAAUGAUUGUAUAUGCUGAUUAUUAGAGUCUUCUUGUCCUUGGGAUGGGGUAAUUUAAUCUAAUUCUUGAGUUUCUCCCAGCUAAUGUUCACGUAUUAAGACAGUUGGGGAUUGUCUCAUGUGCAUUUGAAAAUGUAAACAUUAUAACCUUAUAUUUUAUAUUUAUAGCAUUGUGCUAAUGGUAAACUGAAAUACUGACUUAAAAAUAACCCAAGGACAAAAAGAGAGUUGUAAAAUUUAACGUUAAAUUCAUUAAUUAUAUUGAAAAAUUAAUUGAUGUUUUUUUAAUCAAAAUAUGUAAAUAUUAUAUAAUAUAUUCUUUUAUUUCAAGGAAUAUGCUGUACAUUGAUUCAUCUAAAUAAUUACACUUUUAUGAAUAAAUAAGAGUUAGUUUAGUAUGUUAGCUGUUGUAAUAAGAUUACACUAUUUUACUACUGCAUAAUGAUCAAUAACACAAUGUAAUAUUUUGUGUCACUUGGAAAUAUUACCUAACUUAACUCCAAUUUUUCACUACUGUACAAUCAGUUUAUACACAGACUGGUUAGUAUUGUAUUAACGUAAAGGACAAUUUUCAACACUUACUAACACCCAGUCCACGCAAAUCUGUAUGCUUAGUUACUUAGCAGUUCCAUAUGGCGUGUGUAGUUUUACUGCAUUUACUUCUGAAGUCUUAUCUUAGAAGAUCUGAAUGAUACCAGUUGCUUCUUUAGAAGUCAUGAUAAUACUUUACCUGAAAGGUUAAAUUUUAGUAGAUUUGUUGUGUAAGCAUAAAUUAAAACUAUUUUAGGAAAUUUUACAACAUCAGCAAUGCAAGUAAUAAUGUAUAUAUUCUAUUUUUUGUACAAAGGUUAAUUUUUAUUUAUUAUCUGACAGAGGCAUAUCUUGAGAAUAGAGGAUCAUAUAGAAGUAUUUGAAUCCUCAUUAGAAAUGCACAAUUGUUUAAAUAUAUAUAAAAGCAUGUGUUUGCUAUAGAAAAAAUAGCACUGUUGACGUAUGUAACAUAAUCUUUAGCAUCUUGAAUCAUGCAGCUGUUAAGAGAUUGUUUUUACUGUAUAUAAAAUUCGAAACUGCACAUUUAUUUGAAGUCAUCCAGUAUUACAUUUGUAAUUACUGUACUUUAUAUUAUUAAUUAUGUUGUUGACUUAAUAUAGGACGCUAUUAAGCUGACUAAA